UUCUAAAAGAAACGAYAACAUAGCAUCAAUGGUUGAAAGGAGAAUGAAGAGGUUUUAUCUUUUCGCCGGUAUUUGUCUGCUUCUGGUUUUCAUUUUGGCUGGAAAAUCAAAAGCGCGAAGCUGUGGAGAAACAAACGGAAGGAAGACGCGCGAAUUAAUGGGCGAAUGCAGUGACGAUGGAAAGACAUUUGAUUCYUGGAUAAGAAGUUACCCAACGAGCAACGAUCUGUAUAAACAAUAUGAACCAUGCCAAGGAACACUGAACGAGGUCAGGGUGAAACAAGUUAUCCAAUUCUGCUAUUGUUACAAUUUCUGUGGAUCGGGUCAGAGUCGCAAUGGAUGUGUGGUCGAGGGACUUGAGGGAAGACUGGAUCUGGGUGCCAACUUGUUUUCKUCCUAUAAGGCAAACUGUAGAAUCGACUGCACACCUACUGACAAGCUGCAGAAAAUUGCGUCCCUAAAAAACGAGCUGUCUGAAGGUACAGUGACCCAAGUAAUCUCAAUCACUGAAGGAACCUCGUCGAUUAAAACCACCGAGUCUGGAGGAAGCUUCAGUACUUCCGUGACGGGCAAAGUUGGGCUGAACCUCAAAAAMGUCUUUACUGCUGAGCUUUCAGUCUCCGCUACCACGGGCUACAACUGGGGACAAAGUUCUACCACCUCGUUUUCUCGGGAUGUCAAGCACGAAGCUCGUAUACCAGUCCCCCCAACCAAAACGGUAAGCGUGUAUCAAGUGACGGGAGAGUGUAAUACCAGCGACGACACGUUGUACACUGUCAAUACCAAGAGUUUGGUUGUCCGUGAAAAUCCUGCAAAYGAAGAAAACGAUGAGCAAGGUUCAACAAAAGAAUUUUUAACAUUGUAAUUUGCCUCAGUUGGACUACGUAAAUUGAAGUAAUAAAGCCUGACAGUAGCAACAUAACUCGUGGAUAUUGUACUUAUUGAUUAUAUAGCAACAUAACUCGUGGAUAUUGUACUUAUUGAU